UAACACAAAUAACACAAAUUGUGAACAAAUCUUAAUUCUAAUUUCAUAAUAGCCUCCACCCCCUAACCUCUUUUCCUCCACCCUCGCAAACCCUAAUAGCAGCCGCCUCCACCCUCGUAGCAGUCUCCGGUCAUCUUUCUUCAAGCCUCCACCCUCGCUGGUCAUCUGGUAUUGUUGACAUAACAAAAAUUGUAAAUUACAAACCCUAAUUCUAUUUUCAACUCAACCUCAAAGCCUCCACCCUCCACCCUCGCAAACCCUAACAGCAGCCGCCUCCACCCUCGCAGCAGUCGCCUCCACCCUCGCAGCAGUCGCCUCCACCCUCGUAGCAGUCGCCGGUCGUCUUUCUUCAAGCCUGCACCCUUGCUGGUCAUCUGGGAAAGGAUUUAGAACAUUCUGAGAUUGAGAGACUCGCAGGCAGUGAGGGGGUUUUGCUGGCGGACGCUCAUUUUGCUUGCAAAGAAAUGAAUCCUGGUCGCUAUGGUCUACAGCAAGGAUGGGAUAAUAACAGCGCUUUGGAGGGGUACGGUGGAGUCCAUGAGCCAAACUACCGGGUUGGUGGUUCAUAUGAUGAGAGGAGGUUUCAUGAUGAACGAUAUGCAAGGGAUAAUGUCUACCCAAGAAAUGCUUUUCCUCGAGAUGCUAUAGAAAGGGAGAGCUAUCCACCACCUCCUGCUAUUGGUCUUUGGCCUCAAUCAAGAAGAAGUUAUGAAGAAGAGUAUACCCUUGAUAGGGAUUCAAGGAGACAUGAGAAGCCAUACAUGGAUUCAUACCAUGACUUGGAUGCUUUUCGUGACCGGGAGAUUGAUUCAUAUGAGGAACUUGAUAAGUUUCGUGAUGGGUAUCGCAAUAUGGAUAACUAUCGUGAUCAGGGGUUUGACAGGCCUGUUAGGUUUGGGGGUCGUGAUCGGGAUGACUAUCCAUAUGAUGAUUAUGAUUACAGGCCCCGUGUUUCUAGUCAAAGUAGGGAGGUCAGCUCUGAUAGGGAUUAUGAAUAUGGUCGUCAGAGUUAUGAUUCAGACUAUGAGAGAGGCAGUAGGAGAGAUGGAAGUUGGAGGCGACGUGAUUCCCGUGAGCGAGAACGUGAUAAGAGAGAUUUGAGUCGGGAAAGAGAUCAAAGUCCACGUAGAAGACAUGAAAGGUCCCGCUCCCGAGGACGUGAUGAUUGUCCUAGAUCAAGGUCUCCACGAGGUCGAAGUCACGGUCGAAGUCAACGAGAAGACAGCUAUGAUGAUGGUCGAUAUGAUAGGAGUGAAAGGCGAAGAGACCGUGAUGAGAAGCGUCAACGAGGGAGUUAUACAGUGGCUCCAUCUGCAACUGUUGUUGUGAAAGGUCUCUCUCAAAAGACAACAGAGGAAGAUCUGUAUCAGAUUCUUGCUGAAUGGGGACCUCUUCGCCAUGUUCGCGUGAUCAAAGAGCGAAAUUCUGGCGUUUCUCGUGGAUUUGCGUUCAUCGAUUUUCCUUCUGUGGAUGCAGCUUGUGCUAUGAUGGAUAGGAUUGGAGAUGAUGGCCUUGUUGUGGAUGGCAGGAAACUUUUCUUUGAGUAUAGUAGUAAGCCAACUGGGGGGGCAGGUGGACCUUUCGGUCAAGAAAGUGCUAUGAAAUCUGGCCAUUUGAACCAUAGAAGCAUCACAGUGCCAUCUGAUUGGAUGUGCACUAUCUGUGGUUGUGUCAAUUUUGCACGCCGAACAUCCUGCUUUCAGUGUAAUGAGCCAAGAACUGAUGAUGCGCCGCCAGCGGAUAUAGCAAUGUCAAAUCCAACUUCUUUAGGGAAAAAAGGAUUUGAGGCAGGUCCAACUCAUGUUUUGGUUGUUCGUGGAUUGGAUGAAAAUGCUGAUGAGGAGAUGCUUCGAUAUGAGUUUUCCAAACAUGCUCCAAUCAAGGAUCUUCGUCUUGUCAGAGACAAAUUUACUCAUGUUUCAAGGGGAUUCGCAUUUGUACAUUUCCAUUCGGUUGAAGAUGCCACUAAAGCUCUUGAAGCAACUAAUGGGACAACUCUUGAGAAGAAUGGGCAGAUUUUAAGAGUAGCAUAUGCGAAGAGUAUUCUUGGUCCAGGGUCUGGAGCUUCUGGAUCUUCGCAGUCAAGCAGCCUAGCGGCUGCUGCAAUUGAGGCAGCAGCUUUUGCCCAGCAGUAUGAUGGUGUGGGGUGGGCACCAAAGGAGUAUAACCCAGAUGAAAAAUCUACUAGGCAGGAGCAAGCUGGUGUUGAGGCUGCACUUCAGAAAGAUGGUUCUGCUCCACAAUCUGGCUUUGUAUGGGAUGAAGCGUCUGGUUAUUACUAUGAUGCUGCUUCUGGAUUUUACUAUGAUGGAAAUACAGGUCUUUACUAUGAUGGUAACAGUGGGAUUUGGUAUUCAUUUGACCACCAAACUCAGCAGUAUAUACCAUGCACAGAUCAGAAUGACAAUAAAGCAUCUGAUAAACAGUCUGAGCAUUCUAAACCAUCAGAUAGCUCUAAUAGUAAAAAAGUAAUUAUCUCUGCACCAGCUGCUACCAUUACAUCUAUUGAGAAGGCUGCAUCAUUACAUGACGCAGUUCAGGCUGCUGCUACAGCAGCAUUAGCUGCAGAGAAGAAAGAAAAGGAGAAGGCAAAAGAAAUAAAGCUUGCUUCAAAAAGCAGUAUCUUGGCCAGCAAGAAGAAAAUGAAUAAUGUAUUGACAAUGUGGAAGCAGAGGAGCCACGAAGGGCAAGCAACCCGUGUUGCUGUUGAUGACAGUCAGUCAUCUGGUUUAGCUGAUGAUAAGUCUUAUUCAGUUGGACAAUCCGCCAAGAGCAAAUUUAGAUCUGAUGCAGUCGCCACAAAGGAGGGCGUUGUAUCCACUUCUGGAGUAGGCACAACUGGUCCAGCAGCACAAGCUGUUGGUUUGGAGUCUCCAGUUAAGCCAAGACCUGUAAGUAAUAGUUCUGGGGGGACUCUAAUGGGUGUCAUAAGGGGUUCAGGCCGAGGUGUUGUGAAAUCAGAUACUUCAUUUUCAGGAUCAGGCCGUGGAGUCUCCACCUCCAUUGCCAUGUCUGGUUCAUUGACAAAUGCAGAUACAUCUGCAGUUGUGACUCCCUUCAGGACAGAUGCUUCGGCAUUGGGUUCUUAUGCACCAUGCAUGUCUGCUGGGAGUGGCAAGAGGAGGUUCUCUGAGAUGCCACUAUCUUCUGCUUCUGCUAACAAGGAGCAAUCCCAGACUAUGUACAGGGAUCGGGCAGCUGAAAGAAGGAGCUUGUAUGGUUCAUCGUCUUCCGUUGGAGAUGAUCUGCUUGAUAUUGGAGGAGAUUUGAAUCGGGAUUUGCCAUUCAAAAAGGGUUCUUUGGAUUCGAUGCCUUUCCCCCCUGGUGUGGGUGGAGGACGGGGAGCUGGAGAUGCAAGCAUCAAUACUCAGAGUUAUGAGGUGAUCACAGCAGACAAGGCUAUUGAUGAGAGCAAUGUGGGCAAUCGAAUGCUCCGCAGCAUGGGCUGGCAUGAAGGCUUGGUAUCAUUUCGUUCUUUUUGCUCUCUUUAAUUGCUGAUUUAAUGGUAGACUGCUGCUCAUAUGCUUGUUACACUUGUGGCUUGUGCAUUAAACUCCAGCUAUAGACGGCACUCUUUCUCUUUGCUUUUUUAAUUUUUAAUUUUUGAGGGAGAGAAAAUGGGGAACAUUAUUUUAGGAACCAUGGUUAGAUAUGCCUUCUCCACUAGCAAUUGUGUCUUCUGCAUGUUUUUUUUCUCUGCUUAUAUACAUAAUGCCUUGUUAUUCUUGAAGAGCCUUAUGCUAAAGGUGAAUGAUGCUCGGUUGGUGCUUCCUUGCAGCUAGUAUGCAGCUUUGAUUCUAACAUGUCCAUUCUGGGGAUUGUCUUUUUUGUUUCUCUGUGUUUGAUAUGAUUCACAGGGAUUGGGAAAGGAUGGAAGUGGAAUGAUAGAGCCUGUCCAAGCACAAGCUACAGAAAAGCGAGCAGGACUUGGGAGUCAGCAGAAGAAAUUGGAUCCUAGCCUUGAGGUACAAGCUGGCGAUAGUUACAAAACUCUCAUUCAGAAGAAGGCCCUUGCUAGGUUUCGAGAGAUGUCCGAUACGCCUUAGGCGCGUGAUGGAAUAUUGAUUGGGGUGAUAAGGUGAUAUUGAAUGGGGUGAUAAGGUUACACACCACCUUGGUGUGAUUGCACCAACUGAAUUCCGUUGGAAGCCGGGUGUAGAAAUUCUGCUAUUUCUCAUAAAGAAAUAUGCAUUUAGGUGAUUCGGUCUCAUUCGCAUUUUAUUAGUAUCCUUUUGUGAGAACUGGGCUUCCAACCUUUUUUCUUCUUUUUUUUUGUAAAAAUUCAUAAUUUAUAUAAAGAUUGAUAAUUCCAGUUAAA